GGAGGCUUUACCUGAAGGCUGGGCUUCUGUUUCUACAAUUCUUUCUCUGCUUCUUCUGCAGCCUGAAUUCCUUGCUGGAUUUUGAAUGGGUUGUGUUUGAUAUCGGGGUUUCAGCUGCAACCCGGUGGCUGUUUGUUUACUCUCCUCUACUCCCCUCCCCCAGGGGCUCCUGUUUCGGACGGGCUUCGAAAUUUCUUGACUACUCACGAUACUCUUUCUUCCAAUUUCCACACCCAAAUCAUUAUCCCUAGUCGCUCAUUACUCGAUUCGCUUGCCAGUAUUCUUCAUUACAGCAAUCAUAAUCUUAAUUGGACUCUUGCGGUUUAUCUACAACUAAUCGCCCACGCUACCCGACCUCGACAUUCAUUCCCCUUUUCUUAGAGCAAUUUUUUUCCUUCGACAUACGAUCAUUUAGUAAAGAUGGCGUCGCCUUCACUUACGGACUUGGAACAGCGGAAUCGCCUCCCGACCCUUUUCGAAGUCCUUAGCCGUCGCACUCUUGCUCCCGUCGAUCUUUUUUCGUUUUACAUUUACAUGCGGGACCAACAGCGAUCUGUAGACUAUCUGGACUUUUGGCUUGAUGUUUCGCAGCAUAUGUCCUUGUGUCGUCAUUAUGUUCGAGAGUUACGCCGAUCGGUUCUAGUAGCUACACCCGAUUUGGAGAAAGCGGAUAGCAAAGGCUCUUCUGAUGCGUUAGGGAACCUCGAUAACUUCGGUGACAUUCCCCUAGUGGAAGCUGGUCCCUCUGGUUUGCGCCAUGGUAACCAUGAGCCGGAUGAUCAAGACGCUGAUCAGAGAUUGUCGGCGUUCCUGCGCUCCGAUGGCCAUAAUUCCGGGCAUUCACCUCAAAAUAGCAUUGGUUCGCAGAAUGCCGCCCGUACACCAUCAAAUGAACAGCUACCUCGCGCAAGCUCUGGAACGCGGAAUGAUUCGACGUCGCCUGGUCACACUGUGGCACGGGCUGAUAUUCGCGCAAGCGCAGAGAAGAUUCUGUAUACCUACCUGCUCCCCGGCGCGGAAAGAGAAAUCGUGCUGCCCGAGGACAUGGUAUCUACAAUCAUUAGCCUGGUUGAAGAUGAUGGUAGAGAUGACCCAGAAGUAUUCGAUCCAGCAAAAGACUACGUUUUCCAGGCGAUGGAACGCGAUGCAUUCCCAGGGUUUUUGCAGGCGAAGGCCCUGGGCAAUCUUGUCCCACUGAGUAUAGUUGCACGCCUCGCCUUUGCUCUUAUAAGUUUCGGGGGCGGUUUCUGGGGUGCAUUUUAUGUUGUCCUUCGUGACAAGCCAAGGCACAUCCGUUGCUGGUUGAUAUUACCGUUUCUUGUUGCCUCCUAUUUUAUUGUCUCAUACCAGUAUAAGAUCGAUCCUGUCAUGGCGUUUCUCGGAUACAGUGAAUACACCUUUAUGAACUGGUCACAAAUCCGGGAGCCUUAUGUGCGGAAGUUGUUGAACAAACGCUCUACAGCAACCUUAUUAAUCGCUGCUUUCGUCGCUGCCGCUCUCAGUAUCCUGUUCAUCUUCGUUCCUGGCACCAUGCUCUAAGCUCGCUGGCGUUACAUCUGCCAGAAUCCACCAAGUCCCACAUCUCGCUAGCAUUCACUUUAUUACCCUUAUCGGAAGCUUACUGCGGACAUGAUAUCCGGCUUUAUACAGCCGGCCAUUUUUGAUCAUACGCUACGAAGCCCGGCAUACAAGACCACGAUGUCGCCUUGGCUUCGUCCAUUCAGUUUCAUGACAACUGAGAACGUGCUGCUCUAAAUUGGAUGCCUAAAUAUGUGAAAGAAGUGUUUUUCUUCUCUUCCAUCGUCGAGAUAUUGAACCCAUGUGGCAAGGCGACAUGGUAAGCUCGUUUCCACGGAUCCGUAAUGGCUCAGCCUCCGGUCAUAGGGGUUCGUGUUCAUCCCUCGAUUUUGUCAACAUGGGGUCUUUUUUUUUCUCCUCUUUUUGAUUCCUUUCCUGUCCAUUUACAUUCUCCGAAUACCCCAUUUCUGCUAAACUUGUCUGUUAAACAUUUUUCAGCGAGUCUUUUGGUUUAGUGUUAGAUGCAUGAUAAUUAGGCUAUACAAUGUGACAUAAGUAAUGCGAGGAAUCAAGUCCGAGG